CUAAAAAUAAGCUAGGAAAGCCAAAAUUCUUUUAUACAAAAGAGGAAAAAAAAUUUAGUUAAAAAAAAAGUUUAGAGCAUGGCCACCAUGCCUUCUGGGGCCAGCGUGCAUGCCCUGCAGCGCCUGGUGGAGCAGCUCAAGCUGGAGGCCAGUGUGGAGAGGAUCAAGGUCUCUCAGGCGGCUGCAGAGCUCCAGCAGUACUGUAUGCAGAACGCCUGCAAGGAUGUCCUGCUGGUUAGUGUUCCCGCAGGGAGCAACCCUUUCUGGGGGCCCAGAUCCUGUGCCCUGCUCUGAAGACUGUAGGAAAGAAGUUCGCUAAGGAAUGCCUUCAGGCGCAAAGUGAUGAAUGACUGCCUCCAAGUCUCAAGAAAACAUUUUUCUCUCACCAAAUGACUUUUAGGUAUUUCAGACCUUUCCUGUGGGCUGGUCUUAUAGCCAGAAUUCUACAUAAAUUCAUCAGUUGCAACUCAACUAGGGAACCUGGGUGAAGGAGUAGACUUUUAAAUAAUAAUGAUAGCCCGGUUUGUUUGGUGAAGUGCUUUAUACUUAAGAUAAACAAAAACCGUACCGCCCAAUAUACAAAAAUGCACCUCAUUCAUAAGUGAAUUACUAGUGUUUCUAUACCUGAAAUAUUAUGUGUGUUUUAUUUACUGAAUGUUUACAUUUUGGGAAGGAAAACAUUUUUGUUUAUUAAAAAAUUGAAUAUUUGUAAUUUGUUGUUCCUAAGAUUUUUACACCAUAACAAAACUUGUCCUUCUCUCAUGAAUUUACAGUUUCUAAAUGCAGGCAAGCCAAUAUGAAAUUGAGGGGGAGGAAAAGACUUAAUUAAUCAAAUGAUGUC